AUGACUGAACACUUGAAAAAGCCCUUCAAAGACAGUCUGGAUGAUAUAAAAGAACGAAUGAAAGAGAAAAGAAAUCACAGAUGGAUGAGGUUGGGUAAAACUAGCCAGAUCUCUACUGCGAAGUGCAAAACAGCAACUAACAGCUCCAUGCAAAUGAAGAGCAUCCAAGCAAACAACAGAGCUCUAGCUCAGGCUUUGCAAGAAGAAAAGCUCAGACUGAGGGAUGCUGAGGCUACCAUUCUUAAUUUAAGGAAAGAUUAUCAAGAUCUGAAGUUUCAGAUGUUUGACUUGCAAAGAAGUCUUAGGUUCCAGCAAGCACAAGGACUUGAGAAUCAACUGUCAGCUUUGAAUGAGAUAAUUUCAAAAGUUUCUCAGAAUUUACUGAACUCAAUUGAUCUCCUUGGGCCAGCAAAGAAUUUGUGUUCCACAGGUGUAAAUCAGAGAGGGCUUUCUUCAGUUCUUGAAAAUAGUUCCAGUGUCACAGGACAAAUACAUUCAGUAGAACCUCUACAGUGUGCUGAUGGAGGUGGUCAAGUACUUCCAAGUGGGAUGGAGGCUGAUAGUGAUAGAAAUGAGCUGGCUCAUUCUGUGUCAGAGAUCUGUGAGGAAUCUGACAAUGCCGUUUCCUUAAUCAAAAUAGUUCCAGACAAAGGGCAAAUAUCUGAUUUUCAUCUGGACAACACAGGGUCAGAGCUGGAAAAUGUUUCUUCAAACAGAGCGAAUGGAUUUGGUAAUGUGUUACCAAAAAGUGUGUCCACCAGGCAUUGCUAUUCAAAGAUGAGAAAUCACAAUGAACCUGGCACUAGUGUCUUGGAGCAUUCAGAAGGACCUCAUUCUACAAGAGAGCUUUCCAAGAAGGAUAAAGUUAGACUUGAGGAAAGUCUAGAGAAGUGUACUGUAGAAAACAUAAAUUCAGGUAUUUCUCAGUUGAAUGAAAACACCAGCUCUGAAUCUAACUUGUUGAGGCAGAUAGAUUCUGUAACUGCACAGUUCAACUUGGACAAUAAUUCUGAUCGUAAACAACGUGCCUGUAAAAGCAGAGAAGACUCUCGAAUAAGGAAAGAGAAGCAUCAGAAAGGAAAACUGGAAUGGCCUAAAAAUACUUCCAGACAAAGACCAAAACAAGGACAGCGAAAAGAAGCAUCCAAAGAAAAGCUUGAUUUCUUGGGUGGCUCCAGUGAUGCUUAUGACUUUCAUUUUGAAGAGCGUGUCCAUGUUACACCUUUUCGACAAAAAAAGGUGAAUGAUGGAGUUACUGGUGUGGACGACAAAGACGUAUCUGAGACUAAUACCACUGAGUCAAGUGAUAUUGAAGAAGAUUCUGAUGAUAGCCUCUAUGAACCUUAUAAAUCAAAAAAAAGGAGAAGUUCAGUGGACAAAGAUGCAUCAGCAGUCCACGCCAGGCCAAGGUCUAAAAGAUGUUUGGCACAGCGUGAGCAGAAACCAUUAAUGAAUAAUUUCCAUAAUGAAAAAGAGACUGAAAGCAAUAAAUCAAGUGACGAGUCUGUUAGUCAGCCUUCUGAGCCAUCCCGUGGCCAUCUUUGUGAUGUUACCAAUACUGCUUCAUUGCUCCCCAGCACUGGGAAUGCACCUGUCAUCCCAGAAGGUGAAGGACCACGAUCUUCAAAACGCAAGCGAAGCUGUACUCUUACUGUGAACUAUAAAGAACCAAGUAUUGCAGGGAAACUCAGAAGAGGAGAUCCAUUUACAGAUACAAAUUUUUUGACUUCUCCAAUUUUCAAGCAGAAAAAAGAUGCUAAACACUAUUCUCUUAAGAAAAAAUCUCUGUCAAAAUACAAUGAGAAAUUUGUUGGUUGUCGUUGA